AUGGGCUUUCUGGCAGAGACCAGCCAGUAGAGCUGUUGAAUCCACCUAGAGUGAACCACAUGCCUAGCUCUGUUGAUGUGACCACAGCACUGCCCUUGCAAGUUGCACCGACUUCAGUCCCGAUGGAUCUCCGCUUGGACCACCAGUUUUCCAUGCCCGUGACAGAACCGACGCUGCGGGAACAGCAGCUCCAGCAGGAACUCCUGGCUCUGAAGCAGAAACAACAGAUCCAGAGACAAAUCCUCAUCGCCGAGUUCCAGCGACAGCACGAGCAGCUCUCCCGGCAGCACGAGGCCCAGCUGCACGAGCACAUCAAACAGCAGGAGAUGCUGGCCAUGAAGCAUCAGCAGGAGCUGUUGGAGCACCAGAGGAAGUUGGAGCAGCACCGCCAGGAGCAGGAGCUGGAGAAGCAGCACCGAGAACAGAAACUUCAGCAGCUAAAAAACAAAGAGAAAGGAAAAGAGAGUGCAGUGGCAAGCACAGAAGUAAAGAUGAAAUUACAAGAAUUUGUCUUAAAUAAGAAGAAGGCAUUGGCACACCGGAAUCUCAACCACUGUAUAUCCAGUGAUCCUCGCUUCUGGUAUGGGAAGACACAGCACAGCUCUCUGGACCAGAGCUCCCCACCCCAAAGUGGCGUAUCCGGCACCUACAAUCACCCUGUACUGGGGAUGUAUGAUUCCAAAGAUGACUUCCCACUCAGAAAAACAGCGUCUGAACCCAAUCUGAAGUUACGAUCCAGACUAAAGCAAAAAGUUGCUGAAAGACGGAGCAGCCCCCUCUUGCGCAGAAAAGAUGGUCCAGUGGUUACUGCUCUUAAGAAGCGCCCGCUGGAUGUCACAGACUCUGCAUGCAACAGUGCUCCUGGAUCUGGUCCCAGCUCUCCAAACAACAGCUCCAAUAACAUCAGCACCGAGAACGGAAUUGCAGGAUCAGUCACGAGUAUUCAAGCAGAGACCAGCCUGGCUCACAGACUUGUGAAUCGUGAAGGCUCGGUAACGCAGCUUCCACUCUACACAUCUCCUUCUUUGCCCAACAUCACACUAGGACUGCCUGCAACUGGCCCUUCCAGCGGAGGCUCGGCGCAGCAGGAUGCAGAGAGACUUGCUCUCCCAACCUUACAACAGCGGAUCUCUUUAUUUCCUGGCACUCACCUCACUCCCUAUUUGAGCACUACAACGUUGGAAAGAGAUGGGGGAACUGCACAUAACCCUCUUCUGCAACACAUGGUCUUACUGGAACAGCCAACUGCACAAACUCCCUUAGUCACAGGACUGCCCCUCCAUGCACAGUCUCUGGUUGGCGGAGAGCGCGUCUCCCCUUCAAUACACAAACUCCGGCAGCAUCGCCCGUUGGGGCGCACGCAGUCUGCUCCCCUUCCCCAGAACGCCCAGGCCCUCCAGCAGUUAGUGAUCCAGCAGCAGCACCAGCAGUUCUUGGAGAAACACAAACAGCAAUUCCAGCAACAGCAACUGCACAUCAACAAGAUUAUAUCAAAACCCAAUGAACCAGCUCGCCAGCAUGAAAGCCACCCUGAGGAGACAGAAGAAGAGUUACGGGAACACCAAGCCCUUUUGGAGGAGCCAUACAGCGACAGGGUCGCAAGCCAAAAGGAGGCCCCAGGGCUGGCCAACAUGGUACAAGUGAAGCAAGAACCUAUCGAGAGUGAUGAGGAGGAGGCAGAGCCGCAGCAAGAGCUGGAGUCUGGGCAGCGGCAGGCUGAGCAGGAGCUGCUCUUCCGUCAGCAAGCCCUUCUGUUGGAGCAGCAACGUAUUCACCAGCUGAGAAACUACCAGGCAUCGCUGGAGGCAGCUGGCAUGCCCGUCUCUUUCGGAGGGCAUCGGCCUCUGUCCCGUGCACAGUCCUCGCCUGCUUCGGCCACCUUCCCGAUGUCCGUACAGGAGCCACCCACUAAGCCAAGGUUCACAACAGGCCUUGUGUAUGACACCUUGAUGCUGAAACACCAGUGUACCUGUGGAAACACAAACAGCCACCCAGAACACGCGGGGAGGAUCCAGAGCAUCUGGUCCCGGCUUCAAGAGACGGGUCUCCGUGGCAAGUGUGAGUGCAUUCGUGGCAGAAAAGCAACUCUAGAAGAGCUGCAGACAGUUCACUCGGAAGCCCAUACGCUGCUGUACGGCACAAACCCUCUGAACAGACAGAAACUGGACAGCAAGAAACUUCUAGGUUCUCUAACGUCGAUGUUUGUCAGGCUUCCUUGCGGUGGUGUCGGGGUCGACAGUGACACAAUUUGGAAUGAAGUUCACUCGUCCGGUGCCGCUCGCCUGGCCGUGGGCUGUGUCAUUGAGCUCGUUUUCAAAGUAGCCACGGGAGAGUUGAAGAAUGGAUUUGCUGUUGUUCGGCCUCCGGGUCACCACGCAGAAGAGAGCACACCCAUGGGUUUCUGCUAUUUUAACUCCGUGGCAAUCGCAGCCAAGCUACUCCAGCAAAGACUGAACGUUAGCAAAAUCCUUAUAGUGGACUGGGAUGUUCACCACGGGAAUGGUACUCAGCAAGCUUUCUACAAUGAUCCUAAUGUUCUUUAUAUUUCACUACAUCGCUAUGAUGAUGGGAACUUCUUUCCAGGCAGUGGUGCUCCCGACGAGGUUGGCACAGGAGCAGGAGUUGGUUUCAAUGUUAACAUGGCCUUUACUGGUGGCCUUGAUCCACCGAUGGGAGACACAGAAUACUUAACUGCUUUCAGGUAA